AUGCUGGUGGUGCCGGGCGGCCGGUGGCUCACCGGGCCCUUCAACCUCGCCGACCACUUCACCCUCUUCCUCGACCACGACGCCGUCAUCCUCGCCACUCAGGAUAUCAACAAGUGGCCGAUCAUUGACCCUUUACCCUCCUACGGUAGAGGAAGAGAUGCGGCUGGGGGUAGAUACAGUAAUCUCAUCAUGGGAUAUAACCUAACCGAUGUGGUCAUAACAGGGAAUAAUGGAACUAUCGAUGGACAAGGUGAAACCUGGUGGAAAAUGUUCCGUAACAAAGAACUCAAUUACACUCGUGGAUACCUCAUUGAAUUGAUGUACUGCAAACAAGUGCUGAUUUCCAACAUUACAUUGGUUAACUCUCCAUCGUGGAAUGUCCAUCCAGUGUACAGCAGCCACGUAAUCGUCUCAGGCAUCACAAUUCUUGCACCGGUCAACUCUCCCAACACUGAUGGGAUCGAUCCAGACUCAUCCUCCAAUGUCCGCAUUGAGGACUGCUACAUAGUCUCAGGCGAUGACUGCAUCGCCAUUAAAAGCGGUUGGGAUGAGUACGGGAUUGCAUUCAACAUGUCAAGCAAACACAUAGUGAUCAGACGGCUCACCUGCAUCUCCCCCACGAGCGCUGUCAUCGCCCUGGGAAGCGAGAUGUCGGGAGGAAUCCAAGAUGUCCGGGCCGAAGACAUCACGGCCAUCCACUCCGAAUCCGGCGUCAGGAUCAAGACGACCAUCGGAAGGGGAGCUUACGUGAAGGACAUAUUCGUGAGAAGAAUGAAUCUGCACACGAUGAAGUGGGUCUUCUGGAUGACGGGCACCUACGGGCAGCACCCGGACGACAAAUUUGAUCCGAAAGCCAUUCCGGUGGUGCAGAAUAUCAGUUACAGCAACGUGGUGGCCGAGAACGUGACCAUGGCCGCGAAGCUGGAGGGGAUUCCCGGCGCGCCCUUCACCGGAAUAUGCAUCUACAAUGUGACGGCGGAGGUGGUGAAGUCGAAGAAGCCGAUUUGGAACUGCACCGACGUGGAGGGCGUAUCGAGUCACGUGACGCCCACUCCCUGUGCGCAGAUUCCGGAAUAUCCAGAUCGUAUAACGCAUUGCCCCUUCCCUGAAGAUGAUCUACCUGUGAAUGGUGUUGGGCUAGAGGAGUGUGCUUAUCAGAGAGCCAAACCAUGA